ACACACAUUCAAUUGGAAAAAUAACAAAAGAGAGAUAGAGAGAGAGAGAGAGAGAUGAGUAAUGUGUGAUGUGAGUGUUAAUACGUGUGAGCUAAAGAGAGACAGAUAGCUCACAUUUUUUGUACUCAUAUGGGAGGUUGAGCUAAUAUAAGUAAAUAACAAACUAUAAGCAAUUUUAAAUAGAAGAGAUAGGUUUCUUUGAUCAACUCAAUGGAACCAAAGAAAGGAACCAUGGAAAACAAUGAGAAAGCUAUCCACACAACAGGUGAGUCUGAGGUUCACUACAACUACAAGGGACUCCAAACCAUGCCACUAAUCAUAGGGAAUGAAGCCUUUGAGAAGCUAGGGACAAUUGGGACUUCACACAACCUCUUGGUGUAUCUCACAACCGUAUUCAACAUGAAAAGUAUCACUGCUACAACUCUUGUCCAAGUUUUCCAUGGCACAACCAACUUAGCUUCUCUACCCGGAGCUUUUUUAUGUGAUACUUACUUUGGUCGUUACAAGACUAUAGGCUUUGCUUCAGUCUCUUCCUUUCUGGGAAUGUUGGUUCUCACACUAACAGCAGCAGUAACUAAUCUUCAUCCUCCACAAUGUCACUCAGAGGACAGUGAAACAUGUUCUGGUCCAACAACAUGGCAAUUUUUGUUUUUACUAAGUGGGCUUGGAUUAAUGGUUGUAGGAGCUGGUGGUAUUAGACCAUGUAACUUGGCCUUUGGAGCUGACCAAUUCAAUCCCAAUACAGAAUCUGGGAAGAGAGGAGCUAACAGUUUCUUCAAUUGGUACUACUUCACUUUCACCUUUGCCAUGAUGGUUUCCUUGACAUUCAUUGUGUAUGUGCAAUCUGAUGUGAGCUGGGGUUGGGGUCUGGCCAUUCCUUGUUUCCUCAUGCUAUUAUCUUGCGUAUUCUUCUUCGCUGGUUCUAAAAUUUAUGUCAAAGUGAAGCCUGAUGGUAGUCCAUUGACGAAUGCUGUGAGAGUCAUUGUAGCUGCAGUAAGAAAGAGGCACUUGAAGUUGACUGAGCAGCCAUGGAUGUCCCUUUUCAAUCAUGUUCCUAAAUCUUCUGUCAACUCUAAACUUCAUCAUACUGAUCAGUUCAGAUGCUUAGACAAAGCUGCAAUAAUGGAGCCAGAAGAUACAAUCAAUUCAGAUGGAUCAGCUGCUAAUCCUUGGAGAUUAUGCAGUAUGCAACAAAUUGAGGAGGUCAAAUGUUUGUUGAGAGUUAUUCCCAUAUGGGCCUCAUGCAUUAUUUACUAUAUUGCUACCAAUCAACAACAAACUUAUGUUGUCUUUCAAGCCCUUCAAUCCAAUAGACGUCUUGGCAACACUAACUUCAAAAUCCCAGCUGCCUCUUACUCAGUUUUCACCAUGAUUGCCCUUGCAACCUUGAUACCCAUCUAUGAUCGGCUCAUAGUCCCUACUUUAAGGCGAAUCACUGGAAAAGAAGGUGGCAUAACAAUGCUCCAAAGAAUUGGCUUUGGCUUGGUUCUUGCCAUAAUAACCAUGAUUAUAUCAGCCAUAAUUGAAGAAAAGAGAAGAACUUUAGCUCUCACUAACCCAAUACAAAUAGAACCAAGAAGAGGGGCAAUUUCUUCCCUUUCUGCCUUUUGGUUGGUCCCUCAGUUGACUUUAAUAGGAUUCUCCGAAGCCUUUACUAUCAUCGGUCAAGUUGAAUUCUACUACAAGCAGUUCCCAGAGAACAUGAGAAGCAUUGGUGGUUCUUUCUUGUUUAUUGGAUUUGCAGCGUCUAGUUACUUGAGUGGUUUUUUGCUGUCACUUGUUCACCAUUUGACUUCUGGUUCUAAAAUGGGAAAUUGGUUACCUGAAGACCUUAACAAGGGAAGAUUGGAUUAUUUUUACUACUUGGUUGCUGCAAUGGGAGUCAUAAAUUUUGGUUGUUUCUUGGUGUGUGCAAACUGGUAUAAGUACAAAGAAAACUCCACUACUGCCCUUGAAGUUGAUAUGAAAGAUAUGCAAUCUGAAAAGGACUUUGUAUGAAAUACCAUCUGAAAUUUCUCUGUUAUCUCAGGACACUUCAAACUUGUGAACAGGUUAACAACGUUACUACAUUACAUGGCAUUUCCAAACAUGUUAGUAACGUUUCUAACCUGAUAAUACAAGUUAAGAUUCAUAGCACAAGUACUCAAAAUUUGGUGCCAUUGUUUGGUUGUGGUCUAAGAAUGUAUAACGGAAACUGUAUAGGUUAUUACUAUACAAACUCCUACUACUUUUAGUUUAGAUUUCAUUGUCAAUCUAAAGAACAGUGUAUAUAACUGAACAAGAGUAUGUCUCUUCUUAUUUUUGAA